AUGCCCUACUGUGCAAGUGCCAAGGACUUUGACUGCGAGAACUUUCUUUUCCCAGUCUUCAUUAGAUGUGGUUCCACUGAGCAGGUAUGGGGCUGCAGCAUCCAUAUCUCCACAGGGGUUGCUUUCCAGGUGAUGGCUACAGGGGUCUGGCCCCGGCGCGGCCCGGCUAGCCCCAGCGCGGCCCUGCGCGGCUCAGCUCGCCCCGGCGUGGCACGGCCCGCCCCGGCUCAGCACGGCCCGCCCCCGCUCGCCGGCCCUCCCCCGCCCCGCUCGCCCCGCCCAGGCGCGGCCCUGCGCGGCUCGGCUUGCCCCAGCUCGGCAAGGCCCGCCCCCGCUUGGCUCGCCCCGCCCCCGCUUGGCUCGCCCCGCCCCCGCUUGGCCCGCCACGCCCCCGCUUGGCUCACCCCGACCCUCCCCGGGCCAGCUCGCCCUGCCCCUCCCAGGCCCCGCUCGCCCCGGCGCAGCCCGGCUAGCCCCAGCGCGGCCCGGCUAGCCCCAGCGCGCUCACCCCGGCGUGGCACGGCCCGCCCCUGCUGGCCCCGGCCAGCCCCGUCCCCGCUUGGCCCGCCACGCCCCCGCUUGGCUCGCCCUGCCCCUCCCUGGCCCCGCUUGACCCGGCGCAGCCCGGCUAGCCCCAGCGCGGCCCUGCGCGGCUCAGCUCGGCACGGCCCACUCUGGCUCAGCACGGUUCAGCACGGUUCGGCAUGGCCCGCCCCGGCUCGGCACGGUUCAGCACGGUUCGGCACGGCCCGCCCCGGCUCAGCACGGAACAGCACGGUUCGGCACGGUUCAGCACGGUUCGGCACGGCCCGCCCCGGCUCAGCACGGUACAGCACGGUUCGGCACGGUUCAGCACGGUUCGGCACGGCCCGCCCCGGCUCGGCACGGUUCGACACGGCUCGGCUCGCCCCGGCCCCGCUUGGCUCGCCCCGGCCCCACUCGCCCCAGCCCUCCCCGGCCCCGCUCGCCCCGCCCAGGCGCGGCCCGGCUAGCCCCAGCGCGGCCCUGGGCGGCUCAGCUCGCCCCGGCUCGGCACGGCCCACCCUGGCUCAGCACGGUUCAGCACGGUUCGGCACGGCCCGCCCUGGCUCGGCACGGCCCGCCCCGGCUCGCACGGGUCGGCACGGGUCGGCACGGUUCGGCACGGCCCGCCCCGGUUCGGCACGGCUCGGCACGGCCCGCCCUGGCUCGGCACGGCCCGCCCCGCUCGGCACAGUUCGACACGGCUCGGCUCGCCCCGGCCCCGCUUGGCUCGCCCCGCCCCCGCUUGGCGCGCCCCGGCCCCACUCGCCCCGGCCCUCCCCGGCCCCGCUUGCCCCGCCCAGGCGCGGCCCGGCUAGCCCCAGCGCGGCCCUGCGCGGCUCGCGCGGCCCGGCUAGCCCCAGCGCAGCCCGGCUAGCCCCAGCGCGGCCCUGCGCGGCUCAGCUCACCCCGGCGUGGCACGGCCCGGCCCUUCUGGCCCCGGCCAGCCCCGUCCCCGCUUGGCCCGCCACGCCCCCGCUUGGCCCGCCACGCCCCCGCUUGGCUCACCCCGACCCUCCCUGGCCCUGCUCGCCCCAGCGCGGCCCGGCUAGCCCCAGCGCGGCCCUGCGCGGCUCAGCUCACCCCGGCGUGGCACGGCCCGGCCCUUCUGGCCCCGGCCAGCCCCGUCCCCGCUUGGCCCGCCACGCCCCCCCUUGGCACGACCCGCCCCUGCUGGCCCCGGCCAGCCCCGCCCCCGCUUGGCUCACCCCGACCCUCCGUGGCCCUGCUCGCCCCAGCGCGGCCCUGCUCGCCCCAGCGCGGCCCUGCUCGCCCCAGCGCGGCACGGCUAGCCCCAGCGCGGCACGGCUAGCCCCAGCGCGGCCCUGCGCGGCUCGGCUUGCCCCAGCUCGGCAAGGCCCGCCCCCGCUUGGCUCGCCCCGCCCCCGCUUGGCUCGCCCCGCCCCCGCUUGGCUCGCCCCGCCCCUCCCCGGGCCCGCUCGCCCUGCCCCUCCCUGGCCCCGCUUGACCCGGCGCAGCCCGCCUAGCCCCAGCGCGGCCCUGCGCGUCUCGGCUUGCCCCGCCCCCGCUUGGCUCACCCCGACCCUCCCUGGCCCUGCUCGCCCCAGCGCGGCCCGGCUAGCCCCAGCGCGGCCCUGGGCGGCUCAGCUCGCCCCGGCUCGGCAAGGCCCGCCCCCGCUUGGCUCGCCCCGCCCCCGCUUGGCUCGCCCCGACUCUGCUGGCCCCGGCCCGCCACGCCCCUGCUUGGCGCGCCACGCCCCGGCUUGGCUCACCCAGACCCUCCCCGGCCCGCUCGCCCUGCCCCUCCAUGGCCCCGCUUGCCCCGGCGCAGCCCGGCUAGCCCCACCCCAGCGCGGCCCGGCUAGCCCCAGCGCGGCCCUGCGCGGCUCAGCUCGCCCCGGCUCGGCACGGCCCACCCUGGCUCGGCACGGUUCGGCACGGCCCGCCCCGGCUCGGCACGGUUCAGCACGGUUCGACACGGUUCGGCACGGUUCAGCACGGUUCCGCACGGCCCGCCCCGGCUCGGCACGGUUCGACACGGCUCGGCUCGCCCCGGCCCCGCUUGGCUCGCCCCGCCCCCGCUUGGCGCGCCCCGGCCCCACUCGCCCCGGCCCUCCCCGGCCCCGCUCGCCCCGCCCAGGCGUGGCCCGGCUAGCCCCAGCGAGGGCCGCGGCUCGCUCGCCCCGGCUCGGCACGGCCCACCCUGGCUCGGCACGGUUCAGCACGGUUCGGCACGGCCCGCCCCGGCUCGGCACGGUUCGACACGGUUCGGCACGGUUCGGCACGGUUCAGCACGGUUCGGCACGGCCCGCCCCGGCUCAGCACGGUUCAGCACGGUUCGGCACGGUUCAGCACGGUUCGGCACGGUUCCGCACGGCCCGCCCCGGCCCCGCUUGGCUCGCCCCGCCCCCGCUUGGCUCGCCCCGGCCCCACUCGCCCCAGCCCUCCCCGGCCCCGCUCGCCCCGCCCAGGCGCGGCCCGGCUAGCCCCAGCGCGGCCCUGCGCGGCUCCGCUUGCCCCGCCCCCGCUUGGCUCACCCCGACCCUCCCUGGCCCUGCUCACCCCAGCGCGGCCCGGCUAGCCCCAGCGCGGCCCUGCGCGGCUCAGCUCGCCCCGGCUCGGCACGGCCCACCCUGGCUCAGCACGGCCCGGCACGGUUCAGCACGGUUCGGCACGGUUCAGCACGGUUCGGCACGGUUCAGCACGGCCCGCCCCGGCUCGGCACGGUUCAGCACGGUUCGGCACGGUUCAGCACGGUUCGGCACGGUUCAGCACGGUUCGGCACGGUUCCACACGGCCCGCCCCGGCUCGGCACGGUUCGACACGGCUCGGCUCGCCCCGGCCCCGCUUGGCUCGCCCCGACCCCGCUUGGCUCGCCCCGGCCCCACUCGCCCCAGCCCUCCCCGGCCCCGCUCGCCCCGCCCAGGCGCGGCCCGGCUAGCCCCAGCGCGGCCCUGGGCGGCUCAGCUCGCCCCAGCUCGGCAAGGCCCGCCCCGCUUGGCUCGCCCCGCCUCUGCUGGCCCCGGCCCGCCACGCCCCUGCUUGGCGCGCCACGCCCCGGCUUGGCUCACCCCGACCCUCCCCGGCCAGCUCGCCCUGCCCCUCCCUGGCCCGCUUGCCCAGCGCGGCCCGGCUAGCCCCAGCGCGGCCCGGCUAGCCCCAGCGCGGCCCUGGGCGGCCCGGCUAGCCCCAGCGCGGCAAGGCCCGCCCCCGCUUGGCUCGCCCCGCCCCCGCUUGGCUCGCCCCGCCCCCGCUUGGCUCGCCCCGACCCUCCCCGGGCCCGCUCGCCCUGCCCCUCCCUGGCCCCGCUUGACCCGGCGCAGCCCGCCUAGCCCCAGCGCGGCCCUGUGCGGCUCGGCUUUCCCCGCCCCCGCUUGGCUCACCCCGACCCUCCCUGGCCCUGCUCACCCCAGCGCGGCCCGGCUAGCCCCAGCGCGGCCCUGCGCGGCUCAGCUCGCCCCGGCUCGGCACGGCCCACCCUGGCUCGGCACGGUUCAGCACGGUUCGGCACGGCCCGCCCCGGCUCAGCACGGUUCAGCACGGUUCGGCACGGUUCAGCACGGUUCAGCACGGUUCGGCACGGUUCAGCACGGUUCGGCACGGCCCGCCCCGGCUCGGCACGGUUCGGCACGGUUCAGCACGGUUUGGCACGGUUCAGCACGGCCCGCCCCGGCUCGGCACGGUUCAGCACGGGUCGGCACGGCUCGGCACGGCCCGCCCUGGCUCGGCACGGCCCGCCCCGCUCGGCACAGUUCGACACGGCUCGGCUCGCCCCGCCCCCGCUUGGCGCGCCCCGGCCCCACUUGCCCCGGCCCUCCCCGGCCCCGCUCACCCCGCCCAGGCGUGGCCCGGCUAGCCCCAGCGCGGCCCUGCGCGGCUCGCCCCAGCGCGGCCCGGCUAGCCCCAGCGCGGCCCUGCGCGGCUCAGCUCACCCCGGCGUGGCACGGCCCGGCCCUUCUGGCCCCGGCCAGCCCAGUCCCCGCUUGGCCCGCCACGCCCCCACUUGGCCCGCCACGCCCCCGCUUGGCUCACCCCGACCCUCCCUGGCCCUGCUCGCCCCAGCGCGGCCCGGCUAGCCCCAGCGCGGCCCUGCGCGGCUCGGCUUGCCCCGCCCCCGCUUGGCUCACCCCGACCCUCCGUGGCCCUGCUCGCCCCAGCGCGGCCCGGCUAGCCCCAGCGCGGCCCUGCGCGGCUCAGCUCACCCCGGCGUGGCACGGCCCGGCCCUUCUGGCCCCGGCCAGCCCCGUCCCCGCUUGGCCCGCCACGCCCCCGCUUGGCUCACCCCGACCCUCCCUGGCCCUGCUCGCCCCACCCCAGCGCGGCCCGGCUAGCCCCAGCGCGGCCCGGCUAGCCCCAGCGCGGCCCUGCGCGGCUCAGCUCACCCUGGCGUGGCACGGCCCGCCCCUGCUGGCCCCGGCCCCUUGGCCCGCCACGCCCCUGCUUGGCCCGCCACGCCCCUGCUUGGCCCGCCACGCCCCUGCUUGGCCCGCCACGCCCCCGCUUGGCCCGCCACGCCCCCGCUUGGCCCGCCACGCCCCCGCUUGGCUCACCCCGACCCUCCCCGGGCCCGCUCGCCCUGCCCCUCCCUGGCCCCGCUUGACCCGGCGCAGCCCGGCUAGCCCCAGCGCGGCCCUGGGCGCCUCAGCUCACCCAGGCGUGGCACGACCCGCCCCUGCUGGCCCCGCCAGCCCCGCCCCCGCUUGGCUCACCCCAACCCUCCCCGGGCCCCGCUCGCCCCGCCCAGGCGCGGCCCGGCUAGCCCCAGCGCGGCCCUGCGCGGCUCGGCUUGCCCCGCCCCCGCUUGGCUCACCCCGACCCUCCGUGGCCCUGCUCGCCCCACGCGGCCCGGCUAGCCCCAGCGCGGCCCGACUAGCCCCAGCGCGGCCCUGCGCGGCUCAGCUCGCCCCGGCUCGGCACGGCCCACCCUGGCUCGGCACGGUUCAGCACGGUUCGGCACGGCCCGCCCCGGCUCAGCACGGUUCAGCACGGUUUGGCACGGCCCGCCCCGGCUCGGCACGGUUCAGCACGGUUCGGCACGGUUCGGCACGGUUCAGCACGGUUCCGCACGGCCCGCCCCGGCUCGGCACGGUUCGACACGGCUCGGCUCGCCCCGGCCCCGCUUGGCUCGCCCCGCCCCCGCUUGGCUCGCCCCGGCCCCACUCGCCCCAGCCCUCCCCGGCCCCGCUCGCCCCGCCCAGGCGCGGCCCGGCUAGCCCCAGCGCGGCCCUGCGCGGCUCCGCUUGCCCCGCCCCCGCUUGGCUCACCCCGACCCUCCCUGGCCCUGCUCACCCCAGCGCGGCCCGGCUAGCCCCAGCGCGGCCCUGUGCGGCUCAGCUCGCCCCGGCUCGGCACGGCCCACCCUGGCUCAGCACGGUUCAGCACGGUUCGGCACGGCCCGCCCUGGCUCGGCACGGUUCAGCACGGUUCGGCACGGCCCGCCCUGGCUCGGCAUGGCCCGCCCCGGCUCGGCACGGUUCGGCACGGUUCAGCACGGUUCGGCACGGUUCGGCACGGCCCGCCCCGGUUCGGCACGGCUCGGCACGGCCCGCCCUGGCUCGGCACGGCCCGCCCCGCUCGGCACAGUUCGACAAGGCUCGGCUCGCCCCGCCCCCGCUUGGCGCGCCCCGGCCCCACUCGCCCCGCCCUCCCCGGCCCCGCUCGCCCCGCCCAGGCGCGGCCCGGCUAGCCCCAGCGCGGCCCUGCGCGCCCCAGCGCGGCCCGGCUAGCCCCAGCGCGGCCCGGCUAGCCCCAGCGCGGCCCUGCGCGGCUCGGCCCGCCCCCGCUUGGCUCGCCCCGCCCCCGCUUGGCUCGCCCCGCCUCUGCUGGCCCCGGCCCGCCCCGCCCCUGCUUGGCGCGCCCCGACCCUCCCCGGGCCGCUCGCCCCGGCGCAGCCCGGCUAACCCCGGCGCGGCCCGGCUAGCCCCAGCGCGGCCCUGCGCGGCUCAGCUCACCCCGGCGUGGCAGGGCCAGCCCCGUCCCCGCUUGGCCCGCCACGCCCCCGCUUGGCCCGCCACGCCCCUGCUUGGCUCACCCCGACCCUCCCCGGGCCCGCUCGCCCUGCCCCUCCCUGGCCCCGCUUGCCCCGGCGCAGCCCGGCUAGCCCCAGCGCGGCCCGGCUAG